UACAGUUUACAGUGUACUAGGAUUACCAUUUACCAAAGACUCCAACCACAGUCAAGAAAAACAAGAACUUUCACUUCUAUAUGUGGCUGUGUCUGACUGUCUUAUUCUCAUCUUUGGAAAAAGCUUCCACUUUUAGAUGGGCUCUUAAAGUCUUUAGUUUCAUAGCUAAUUACUGCCCACACACCCUCUAUCAAACAUGCCCACAGCUCCAAGUUGCUGUCAACCCUAAGAGACAGACAACAUAAAUUUUCUCCCUACUUCUUUAUGUUUCUUGGUUUGUUGAAUUCUGGGAACUGUUGUAAUUAAUCAAGGAAUUGAAGGCAAGGGUUGGUGUUUUCUUGUCUCUUAAUCUCUUCCCUGUUACCUUGGCAGAGGUUCAAACUUGGUGUUCUUUAGGCUUUUUGCAGAGUUCUAGAAGGACAUGGGGAGUUGACUUGUCAACGGUGGUGCAUGACUUCAAUAAUUUCCUAUGGGAUCAGUUCUUGAGGUAUUGUUUCUGAUAUGAAAGGAGAUUUGGGUGGAUAGGCUGAAUCUGAAUUUGGGUUUUUAUGAUUUCUCUUCAUUUGUAGUCAAUUGGUCCAAUUAUAAUCAGAGAUUGGAUUGGCAAUGCUUGAUUAGUAUAGAGGUUUAAUUUCCCCCAUGGCUGCUAUCAUUAGCCCUCACAGUGAUGAUAGUGUGUGUCUAUUUUAGGGAGCUUAGUUAACUGUCACUUUUACUGAUGGAAAAUGGGAAUGAAUUUUCGUCGCCCUUGAGCUUUACUUCAUCGUCUUGUGUGUCGAAUGGGAGCAGUAGCCCACGCGAGGCGGGAAGCAAUCUUGAGUUGUUGAGUUUGAGCAAGCUGAGCAGUGGGCUCGAGAAGCUCUUGAUAGAUGCUGAAUUUGACUACAGUGAUGCGGAGAUAGAAGUUGAAGGGGUUUGUGUUGGUGUAAAUCGCUGCAUCUUGGCUGCGAGGAGUGAAUUUUUCCACGACAAGUUUAAGACGGGGAAUGAUGGUUCGGGAAAGGAAGGGAAGCCUAAAUUUUUAAUGACUGACUUGUUGCCCCAUGGUUGGGUAGGUUAUGAAGCGUUUAAGGUUUUCUUGAACUAUUUGUAUACAGGGAAGCUCAAGGGAUCUCCUCCCGAGGUUUCAACAUGUGUGGACGAAUCUUGUGUUCAUUGCGCUUGCUUCCCCGCCAUUAACUAUGCGGUUGAGCUCAUGUAUGCUUCUUCCACUUUCCAAAUGAAAGAGCUUAAAAUGCUUGUUCAGCGCCGUCUUUACAACUUUGUUGAGAAGGCUCUGAUCGAAGACGUGAUUCCAAUUCUUAUGGUGGCCUAUCACUGUGAGCUUAGCCAACUUCUCGAGUGUUGUGUCCAGAGGGUGACACGAUCCGAUCUAGACAACUUCACUCUCGAAAAAGAACUUCCUCCUGAAGUCUUCAGUGACAUCAAAGCAAAUCGACUCAAGUUUCAACGGAAUCUUGAACCGGACACUGUCCAAGUGGACUCUCUGAAAGAAAAGAGAAUCAGGAGAAUCUUAAGGGCUCUGGAUUCGAAUGAUGUUGAGUUGGUUAAGUUACUUCUAGACGAGUCUAUGGUCACACUAGACGACGCUUAUGCUCUUCACUAUGCAGCCGCUUAUUGCAACUCUAAGCUCGUAAACGAAGUGCUUGACCUCGGUAUGGCUGAUCCCAAUCUUCCUAAUGCACGAGGAUACACUGCGCUUCAUAUAGCUGCUAGACGUAAGGAUCCAUCGAUCAUACUCGGGCUACUGAACAAUGGAGCGUCUGUGGCAGAUCUUGCAUCGAAUGGACAGGGUCCGGUUGCAAUCUGUCGGAGGUUGACUCGGCCUAAGGACUAUAAUGUGCCCUUAAAGCAAGGCAUAGAAACCAAUAAAGACCGAUUAUGCAUUGAUGUCUUGGAGAGGGAAACGUGUGGGAAUCCAAUGGUUGGGAGUAUGUCUCUGUCUUCGUCUACUGUGGCUGAUGAAUUGUUUAUGGGACUUUACUUCCUGGAAAAUCGAGUGGCCUUGGCUAGAACAUUGUUCCCCCGAGAGGCUAAACUAGCUAUGGAGCAAGCACACGCAGAUUCAACCUUGGAGUUUGCUGGCCUUUCAUCAACAAACGGAUUAUGUGGAAAUCUAAGAGGUGUUGAUUUGAAUGAAUUGCCAUCUGACCAAGUUAAAAGACUCAAAGAGCGGCUUGUAGCCCUGCAAAAGACUGUGAGAAAUGGGCGACGUUUUUUCCCCAACUGCUCGGAAGUUCUGGAUAGGUUACUGGAGGACGACGUCCUGGACUCUUUGAUGCUCGAAAGUGGCACGUUGGAAGAGCAGAGGACGAAGAAGAUGCGAUACAUUGAACUCAAGGAGGAAGUGAAGAAGGCGUUUGUGAAAGACAAAGCGGAGCAUAAUUGGUCCUCCCUUUCAUCGCCUCCAUCUUCUUCUUCAACCUCAGCCAAGAACAAUGCAACUCCAAAGCUCACUCCAAGAGUCAGGAAAAGAUAGUUCAGUUUUUUUUUUUUUUUUUUGGACAAAUAUAUAGUUAAAUAGGCAUUAUGAAAGUUAAGGGUAUGGUGUGUAACAUAUUUGAUUGAAGGUGGAACUGUCUGCAUUAUUGUCUUGAACAUUGGAGACUGUAAGAUAUGUAUGUAGUGGCAAAGAUUUACAAUAAAAACUCUCCUUUUUGACCUCAA